AUGCCGGUAUUUACAGAAUUCGCAUCCAAGUCGCGGGACCUGCGUGUCCUUCCUUCAUUUGCUCUUCCAUUACCUCGACUUACUCCGCCGUUCGAACCCACCGUAAACGAUGGAGUCGAACGCUACGAGGUUGUCAUCGUUGGGGCCGGACCCUCGGGGCUGAUGCUGGAACUUCUGCUGGCCAGAUACGGAUUGAGUGAAGAAUCUCUCCUUUGUAUUGAUUCGAAGCCAAGCACGUUGAAAUCAGGACAGGCAGAUGGCGUUCAACCUCGGACGUUGGAAGUAUUUAAAACCUUGGGGAUUUCCGACGAGAUUGAGAACGAAGCAUGUCAAAUGUGGCAGUUUGCCUUUUGGAAUACCUCAUCGGACCCAUCCAGAAUCAUUGAGCGGAAAUCCGUGGUCCCCGAAGUGAUACCCCCGGCUCGGUUUCGCUACGAGGCUACUAUACAUCAGGGACGCAUUGAACGGAUUAUGGAGACUGACCUUCUGCGGUACUCCAAAAGAGGCGUGCAAAGGGACACCAAGUUGAUCCAUGUCCAGCUGAAUGAAGAUGACAAGGAGUUCCCUGUCCUGGCGGAGAUUGAGACACGCGGGGUAAGAAGAUUGAUCCGCACAAAACACCUCGUUGGAGCAGACGGAGCACACUCGAUGGUACGUCAGUGUGUGGGACUAAAGCUGGAGGGUCAAUCGCUCGACCAUAUCUGGGGCGUUAUAGACUUGGUAGUGGAUACGGAUUUUCCUGACAUUCGCCGGCGAUGUGCAAUCCAUUCCCCAGCUGGCUCGGUGAUGGUCAUACCACGAGAACGGAUCGUGACGGGUGAGUAUCUUACGCGACUUUAUGUCCAGGUACCCGGAAUGGCAAACCCCGAUGGAGAUAUAGUGGGAGCGGCUACCCCAGUUUCCGAACAUGAUGAUGCCAGGGUACGCAGACAGAAGGUGACGAAGGAGGGAAUCCUGAAGCAAGCAUCGGACGCUUUCAAGCCAUAUUACCUGAGGCCGAAAAGCGAGGAGUCAAUCGACUGGUGGGCAGCGUAUCAGAUUGGGCAGCGGGUCUCGCCGGAAUUUAUUGUCAACGACUCUACUGGAGUUCCUAGAGUAUUCAUUGUGGGAGAUGCUUGCCAUACUCAUAGUCCAAAGGCCGGCCAAGGAAUGAAUGUGUCCAUGAUGGAUUCGUAUAACCUGGCCUGGAAGCUGGCCUACCACAUUCACGGACUCAGCCCAUCGUCUACCGAGCCCGACCAGCCACAUCCCCUCCUCGACACUUAUCAUCUGGAACGGCAUGCGAACGCGCAGCAGCUAAUUGAAUUUGAUCGCAAGUUCUCUACCAUCUUCUCGGGUCAACUGGACACGGAGGAGUCAGGCAUGUCGCACGCGGAAUUUGUGGCCACAUUCAACACCGGCAACGGCUUCACCAGCGGCUGCGGGGUGGAAUACGGAGAGAGUAUGAUCGUUGACCGAACUGCAUCGGAGGGACAGGAUAGCCCCAUCCGGGGCGACGACUACUUAUCAGGAAUACUGCGACCGGGCAGACGAUUGCUGAACGUGAAGUUGAGACGUCAUGCGGAUGGAUGGCACCGGGAUAUUCAGGACGACCUGGCAUCCACGGGCCGGUUCCGCGUUCUAACGCUCACGUCUAAUGAUCUUCUGAGCGCCCAAAGUGUGUCUGCUCGAUCAUUGCAGAAUGUGUCUGCAUUGCUGGGUACUUUCCCAGCAGGGGUCAUCGAGCAGAUUGUGGUGCACCCGCAGCUCCCGAGAGAGUUUGAAUGGGACAGCCUUCCGGGUUGCGUAAAAGAACAUGCGGAGAUGCGCUUCUAUAAUGGAAGCGAGCUGGAGGAUGCAUAUGGAAUCUACGGGGUGGACCCUCAUCAGGGAGCCAUGGUGGUUGUCCGGCCCGACGGGUAUGUUGGGAUAGUUGUAGCGCUCGGGGAUGUGGAUCGCGUGGGAGAGUACCUGCGUCGCUGCAUCAGAACGAGGUAG